CCGCCAAAAUUCUUACCGCCAACAGUAUGAAUUCAUAUUUUGAACAAGCUUCUGGCUUUUAUGGCCAUCCACAUCAGGCCACUGGCAUGUCCAUGGGCACCGCUGGCCAUCAUGAUCAGUCAGCCACCGCCGCAGCAGCUGCCUACAGAGGUUUCCCCCUAUCGCUGGGCAUGACCCCCUACACAAAUCAUCAUCUGCAGCGUUCGACCCAGGAUUCCCCCUAUGAUGCCAGUAUUACCGCCGCCUGUAAUAAAAUCUACGGUGAUGGCAAUGCCUACAAACAGGAUUGCCUCAACAUCAAAUCGGAUACAAUUAACGGCUAUAAAGAUAUAUGGAAUACAACAGCGAAUGGGGGCGGAGCUGGUGGCGGCGGCGGUACUGGUGGUGGUGGUGGCGGUUCAGCCAAUUCGGCAAAUGGUGCAAAUAACACGGCUAACGGGGGACAAAAUGCAGCAGGCGGUGGUGGUGGAGCCGGUGGCGGUAAUGGUGGUAUGCCGGUUAGACCCUCGGCAUGUACACCGGAUUCACGAGUUGGUGGCUACUUGGACACAUCGGGCGGUAGUCCGGUUAGCCAUCGUGGCGGUAGUGCCGGUGUUGUCGGCGGUGCCGGUACCGGUGUUGGCCAAAGCGGUCAGAGUGGUAAUGUGGGUGGUGCUGGCGGUGUAGGUGGGGCAACGGCUUGGAAUGCGAAUUGUACAAUUUCAGGAGCCGCCGCCGCACAAACAGCAAGUAGUUUACACCAGGCCAGCAAUCACACAUUCUAUCCCUGGAUGGCUAUCGCAGGUAAGAUAAGAUCUGAUCUAACACAAUACGGCGGCAUAUCACCAGACAUGGGCAAACAUGGACAAACUGAUGGAAAUAUGAAUGGGCUGAAUGAAAAAAGGAACUCCAUAAUUGAUCCCAGUAAGAGAUACUCAGAAUCUCUUGCGGGCUCAUUACUACCAGAUUGGUUAGGUACAAAUGGUCUACGAAGACGUGGUCGCCAAACAUAUACCCGCUAUCAAACACUCGAAUUAGAGAAAGAAUUCCACACCAAUCACUAUCUAACCCGCCGACGAAGAAUUGAAAUGGCACAUGCCCUCUGCCUGACAGAAAGACAAAUAAAAAUCUGGUUCCAGAAUCGACGAAUGAAAUUGAAAAAAGAAAUCCAGGCCAUCAAAGAAUUGAACGAACAAGAGAAACAGGCUCAAGCCCAGAAGGCGGCAGCAGCGGCGGCGGCAGCACAACAUUUAGGCGAAUAAAAUUAGGAAAAAAUUCUAAAUUAUUAUUAUAAUUAUAGUAUGCAGCAUAAUGAUAAUAAUAAUAAUA